AUGGCCGCGUCGGCACCGGCCUCGCACAAGAAACGGGGUCGCAGGCGGAGGCUGGACAAGCCUGCCAUCUCCUCCAGGCUCAUCCUCGAUGACCGCAUCAAGAGCGACGUCGGCACCUUCUCCGAGGACCUCUUCGCCGACCUGUUCCCUUACCUUGCCGACGCCGUCGACGAUGAAAAACCGGACAGGAUACAUCACGUUGCCAUCUCGCCGUGGACGCCGAACGCGACGCCGACCGAGACCGCUUGGUCGGUCGUUCCCGUCGUCCGCUCGGCCUCGCUGGCCCACUCGACCGUCCAGUUCUCGCCCUCGUCCCCGGCCCUUCAGAGCUUCGCCGUCACAUUGCAGCACGUCGCACCGUCGAAGCUGUCCAGCCACAGCCGCAGCGGCAUCGAAAUUCUCGUCCUCGACGUGGCACCCGUGCCUCUCGACACCGUCUUCGUGAGCAUCGAGAGCGAAUCGACCAAGCGGCUCGAGAAGGGUGAGGGGACCUUUUACCGCGACCAUCCCACGACCCCCCGACCGAGGGCGACGAAGCACGAGACGCCCGACGAGCGGCUGGCGACGGCCAUCAGAUCAUCGCUGGCCAGUCUCCGCGUCGUCCACGCCGGAGACUUGUUUCCCUUGCCGCUCGCCCCGCACCCCGUCACCCACGUGCCGCCGAAGCCGGGCAGGAUCGUGCUCUGCGAGCCCGUCGCCCAGGGAAUCCUCACCGACGCGACCGAAAUCGUCCUCAUGCGCGGAAGGGUUCACGCCAGACAUGCUCGGAGCCAGGCUUCCAUGGCGGCGAACCAUCGGAUGCACCAUGACGAGGAGGAUGGCAACACCGACCAGUUCUUCUCCGCCGCCGAGGAGCGCUACCGCACCGAUGCGCGAGCCGACGAGACCGAGAUCGUCACCGAGACGGACACGGACACGUCCGACCCGGACCAGGCCGACGAUCUUUCCGACGACUCCAUGGAUGACAUGAUUUCUCUGCAGGCGCCGUCGCUCCCGCCCACCAGUGUCAGCGCCCUGGGAACGAUGCAGCCGGGCACGCCGAUGACCAUGGGAACCAUGCGCGGACGCAAGACGAACGGCGCCACGACCCCCGGCUCGGUGUUUUCCAACUUCACCUCCGCCACCGCUCGGCCGGACCGUUCGCGAGGGAGGCUGUUCAAGGUCCAGGGGCUUCUCCGGCCCUUGCCCGCCGACCUCCUUCACCCCAAGCCCUCGGCGGACGAGGACGAGGAAGCGAGAGUCUACGUCGACAUGUCCUCCCUGUCCAAGAUUGCUUGCUUCUCCGGCGACUGGGCCCACGUCGAGGUGGCCGAUGAGCCGCCCCUGAACGGCUUCGGUGCCUUUGGACUCGGGAGCUUCGGUCAACCGGAGACGGAGACGUCCAACUGGCGUCCGGUUCGCGUCUACGGCCUGCCCGAAGGGUACUCCCCCCGUCCCGUGACUCGCAUCCCGAGCUCGCGCGCUGGAGAGCGGAAGAUGUCCUUUUUCGAAUCCCAGGUCCAGCGGCCGACAAGUCCUACCGUCUACGCCUCACCCAUCCUGCUCGCCAACCUCGAGAACGCGACGCACCUCCGCAUCUCGGCGCUGAAGAAGGCAGCCUACCAGGGAAAGGGCACGCUGCCCCGGUUCACGAGCGCAUCGCAUCCACCCUACGCCAAGGACAUUGCCAUCCACCACAUCCGCACGCCCAUCUCUGCCGAGCGAGCCUAUCAAACGGCUGUCUUGGGCGGCUUGAAGCGACACUUUGCGCAGAGAACGCGGCUCGUGCGGACCGGUGACCUCAUCGCCGUUCCCGUCGACUCGCAGCUGGGCCGCGCCCUCCAGGAAAAGCCCGGCGGCGGUUCCGAGGUUGACGACGUCAUGGCCUUGACGGCCGAAGGCGACGGCAAAGGGCAGGCCUCGACGCGCAUCGACGGCGUCGCCUGGUUCAAGGUCGGACACAUACGGAUACAAAAAGCCGACGAGGACGAAGAUGGCACGGCCGAGGCUUUUUGGGGCACCAUUGCCUGCAUCGACAGUUCCACCGUCGGCAUGCACGGAUCCGGCUUCGAGACGAGCCGGAUACCCGCCGGCAUACAGAGCACCUGGCCGUAUUACCUAGGCUUGAAGAAGGCACCGAGACGACAUUCCGACGUGGCAUCGCCAACCUUGUCGGAUGCGAAACCGCACCACCUUUCUCCUCUCCGGCGAAAGCUUAGGGAGCUCUUGGCGGCGGCCACGAGCCAGAGAGCAGUUCGUCUCAAGAUGCCCCCGAUGGCCAUCCUGAUCACGUCUACCCAUCGAAACAUUGGAAAGUCCACGCUUGCCGUGACCGCCUGCGCCGACAUUGGGCUGCACACGUACGCGAUUGACGCCUACGACAUUCUCAGCGAGGGUGGUGGCAGCGGCGGCGACGUGAAGACGGAGGGCUUCUUGAGAACCCGAGCGGACCGUGCCGUGAGCUGCGGUCCGGAUUGCUGCGCCCUUCUCCUCCAACACAUCGAGGCGCUCACGGCGGAACGGAUCGAGUCGACGUUGAAGGAGAUCCUGGAGGAGACUCGGGUGCUCAUCGCGACAACCAACGACGUUGACCAGGUGCCCGACGGCGUCAGGGGCCUCUUCACCCACGAGUUGGAGCUCGGUGCCCCUGACGAAGCGGAGCGAGAGGCCAUUCUUCAAACGGUCAUCGAUGAUCGAGGCAUCACCCUUGAGCCGUCGAUGGACCUGAAUUCGAUCGCGCUGAAGACGGCCGCGUUGGUUGCCGGUGACUUGGUUGACGUUGUCGAGCGAGCUUCCAUUGCUCAGCAGGCUCGGCUGGAAAAGCUGUCGUCCACGGCCGGCGGCGGCGGCGCUUUGGUGACGGUCAGGGACGUGCAGGUCGCGGGGGGGCCCUUGGCACGGAGCCUGACCGCGGCCGACUUUGAGGUGGCAGUCGAGGCGGCCCGCAAGAACUUUUCGGAUUCGAUCGGUGCGCCCAAGAUCCCCAACGUCACCUGGGACGACGUCGGAGGCCUGAGCAACGUCAAGGAGGCGGUGACGGAGACGAUACAGCUGCCGCUGGAGAGGCCGGAGCUGUUCGCCAAGGGCAUGAAGAAGCGGUCCGGCAUUCUGUUCUACGGCCCCCCCGGAACGGGCAAAACGCUGCUGGCCAAGGCCAUCGCGACCGAGUACAGCCUCAACUUUUUCAGCGUCAAGGGGCCCGAGCUCCUCAACAUGUACAUUGGCGAGUCGGAAGCCAACGUGCGCCGCGUCUUCCAGCGAGCGCGCGAUGCCCGACCCUGCGUCGUCUUCUUUGACGAGCUCGACUCGGUCGCGCCGAAGAGAGGCAACCAAGGCGACAGCGGCGGCGUCAUGGACCGCAUCGUCUCGCAACUCCUGGCCGAGCUGGAUGGCAUGUCGGGUGGCGAGGACGCCGGGGGCGUGUUCGUCAUCGGCGCGACGAACAGACCUGAUCUGUUGGAUCCCGCGCUGCUCCGUCCCGGACGAUUCGACAAGAUGCUGUACCUCGGCGUGUCCGACACGCAUGAGAAGCAGCGAACCAUCCUCGAGGCACUGACCCGAAAGUUCACGCUGCACCCAUCCGUCUCCCUCAAGACGGUGGCCGAGAGCUUACCGUUCACCUACACCGGUGCCGACUUUUACGCCCUCUGCAGCGAUGCCAUGCUCAAAGCGGUCACGCGGCAGGCGGCCGGCGUGGAUGCGAAGGUCAAGGCGAUCAACGCCGAACGGGGUGACGAGCUGCACCCAAUAUCGACGGCGUACUACUUUGACCACUACGCCACGGCCGACGACAUUGCCGUCAUGGUCACCGAAGCCGACUUUGCCGCCGCCCACGAGGAACUGAUCCCUAGCGUCAGCGUUGGCGAGCUCGCCCACUACGAAAGGGUACGCGCCUCCUUUGAGGGUGUCGGGGAGACGACGAGCGGGACGCGGACGCAGUCGCUGAGCAACGGCUCGGCGACUGCUGCGUUGCGGCGCAAACCAGUGGCCCCGCCAUCUCCAUCACAGCCUCCGCUGAAGAGCACGGUGAGCAGCUCGGUCGGAUCAAGACCCUCCUCGAACGGCAAGGGAAAGGGAAAGGGAAAGGGAAAGGGAAAGGGCAAGGGAAAGGGCAAGGGAAAGGGAGUUGCGCUGAACAGCGACGACGAGUUUGAAGACUCGGACGGCGACGAACAGUUGGACAGCGGUGGUCAUGCGGUCAAUGGCCGGUCCAAGGGCAAAGGCAAGGCGGCGACGGGGUUUCAAGAAGGGACGGCUAGCGACGAUGAUGGUCUGUAUUAG